AUGGCAUCUCAGUCCGGCCUGAAUUUGCCGACUGUGCUAAGCAGCGUUGUCGCUCAUCCCCUAAGCCAGCAACAGCUGGACGACAGCCAGUCUGAGCACUCGUCAGCUCUGACAGAUCCGGAGGGUUACGCUCAUCUCUGGGAAUCCUCCGACAAGAUACUUGAAUUCUACGGCGCCUUACAAUCCGACCCAACCGUCAGCAUCUUGAUCACUUUUCGAGAAAUACUCUCACAUCACGGGGCAACCGCGCUGAUGAGUGACAUCAUGACGAUUGGCAGAGAUAAAUCCCAGCUGAAGUCAUUCUCGCGUUACCUUAUCAACACCAUUCUCAAACCCAUGAAGCUUGCUGGUGUCGUAAGAUCUAGCGCGUCCUCAACUGCGUCACCUAGUCCCGGUGCUGCCGCUUCCAUUGCGCAACUCGCGGCCAGCGUGCAGCCGUCUGAUAGAAACCAACAGCCAACUCUCAAAUCGAUCUGCCUGAAGCGCGAUGGGUACCGCUGCGCAUACACCCAUGUGUACGAUAUCACGAAUGCACGAGGAGGCCGUGUUGUGCCGCCAGUUGGCGCCUUUACCUCUAACACUCAACUCUGCCACAUCUUGCCGUUGGCACUUAGAAGGUUUGACAACGCCAGUCCAGUUGCCAGAGAUGCGGUGGCCAGAGUCUGGUAUGCAUUGUACCGCUACUUCCCUGAGUUGGAGGGCAAAAUCGGUCCUGAUACUCUGAACCAACUCGAGAAUCUCAUCACCUUCGACAUGUCGGUUCACUACGACUACGGCCACCACUGGACAGCAUUUGACCCUAUUCCUGGCCGGCCCAACACGUACAAAAUCCAUCAGAUGUCAGGAUGGCCCGUCAGGUACCAACCCCCGGAAGGCCAUCGCGAAGUUAUGACCUUGGUCUCCUCAGACAACAGCAUCCCGCUCCCCAAGCCAGAGUUCUUCAACGUUCAUUACAGAAUCGCGAAAAUUCUUUAUGUAAGUGGGAUUGGGGCAAGGAUUGAGGCAGAGAUUGAGGAUUCUCAGAGUGACCCUGAGAAUCUGAGCCCAGAUGGUUCAACCGACCUGGAGUCGAUUCUAUGCCGGAAGAUGCUGAUCAAUGUUUAG